UCUAGCCUCUUCCGGCAGCUGGGUUGUACAAAUGGUGGAGAAGAAAACUUCGGGAAAGAAAAAGAAGAAAACGCGAGGUGACCACUUCAAACUCCGCUUCCGAAAGAACUUUCAGGCCUUACUGGAGGAGCAGAACUUGAGCGUGGCGGAGGGCCCCAACUACCUGACGGCCUGUGCGGGGCCCCCGGCGCGGCCCCAGCGCCCCUUCUGCGCGGUCUGCGGCUUCCCCUCCCCGUACACCUGCGUCAGCUGUGGCGCCCGGUACUGCACCGUGCGCUGUCUGGGGACCCACCAGGAGACCAGAUGUCUGAAGUGGACCGUGUGAUUCGGGCGUCCCCAGGGCCUCUGUGCGCCGCCUGGCCUCUGAAAGGUAGCCCCGAGAGGAGGGAGCUCCCUCCGGACCGAGGGCGAGCCGCUGGCGCACCUAAGGAAGUGCAUCUUGCCUGCCAGGGAAGACCGGUCUCACUCCCAGGGACUGGCAGGAGGCAGGCCAAGCCCACCGAGCGCUGCUGGAAUAAAAGGCCUCGUGCCAGGAGCCUG